AUGCAGAGGUCAAAAUACUCCGUUUGUCUGGUUUCAUGGCUUGCGGCAACUGUCACUGCGGACAAGCUUCCGCCAGAAAAGAACCAAGAGAAACAGUCUACUGCGGACGUGCCACAACGGAUUGGUCCCUCGUGGCUCUAUAAUAUCGGCCAAUACGGACUCCCAGGGUUGUCAGGCACGGCUUCCAACAAUGCUGAAGUUCCGGACUCCCCCUCUGCAGAUACGAAUGCAGAUGAAGAGGCAGAUGAAGAUGGCUCCAUUCCUGGCUCACCCUACCCCGGAAAUGUCUAUUCGAGCGUCAUAAGUUCAGUCAUAUCCUCUUCAUUCGCUCAUGCGCCUCUGCAAGCGACCACGUCUUCGUCUGUACCCGCGUCCGAAACAACAUCCACUUCAGUUGCAGCUCAGACUUCAAGUACCCAAGCAAGCAGCCCCACGCCUUCGGAAUCUGCGAGCAACCUGACAGUUCACACGUGCCAUAGCCCCAUGAUCAAUGCAGACUUUGUAUAUUGGUUCGAGGCUCAGAAUCAUGGCGGCAAGGCUGCAGGAUAUGCUCCCUACUCCAAGUCUCCAACCACAUAUCCUGUAUUUCGCAAUGCAAUGGAUUACAACGUCAUCAACGAUGGCACUGGUGAUCAAGCCGCGGCGCUGCAAAAAGCCAUCGAUGACGACGGAAACGGAGGCACGCGUAAAGGAACGGGCGUAACGCGCAAUCCGGCCCAUGUCUAUCUCCCAGGAGGAGUGUAUCAGUUGCGCAGUACGCUCAACCUGACCGUUGGUACUAUUAUUGUCGGAGAUCCCAGCAACCCACCUGUGCUUAAAGCAGCUUCUGGCUUUUCGGGGGAUUACCUCGUCAUGGGCUACGACAAGCACAAUGGCAACCCGGAAACGAGCUUCAUGACUUUGAUGAAAAAUUUGAUUCUCGACACGACGGACGUGUCGCCCACUCAAGAUCUCACUGCCUUACAAUGGGGCGUGGCGCAAGGAAGUGGUCUGACGGGGGUUCAAGUGAGGAUGCCAACGGGCGAAUGCUCUCACACUGGGAUUGACAUUGUCGCCGGUUCGACGAUAGCUGUGACGGAUGUGAUCAUUACCGGUGGCGCCAUCGGGAUUAUGAACUCCAACCAGCAAGUGAAUUUUAAGAACAUUCGAUUUGUGGGUUGUCGCACCGCAUUCCAUGCCGCUGGCGGCUGGACUGUUCUCAUUCAAGGAGCUCUAUUCGACACUUGCGGUACCGGCGUGAACAUGACGACCAACUCAUUGGGAAGCCUAGUGAUCCUGGAUUCAUCCUCGACAAACUCGGGCCCAUUGAUUCGAUUCCACGAUUCUUCGCAGGAUACAGGUUCCCGGAACAGUCAGUUCCUGAUUCAGAAUCUGGACUAUACCUCCGAGAACCCCAUUGCAGUGGAUGUCAAUGGUGCUACCCGUCUGAAUGCCACUUCUCAUGUUGAUACCUGGGUCUGGGGAACCAUGGUUCCGGGCAAUUAUAAUGCUGGAGGAUCCUGGAUCACCAAAAGACCCGAGCCGCUUCUCGUCAACGACCGCUAUUUUACCCGAUCCCAGCCAACGUAUGCCGGCUACAGUGAUGUAGAGGUGGUAAACGUCAAGUCCGUCACUGACCACGUGGUCAAGGGCGAUGGCACGACCGACGACACCGAAUCCCUCAACGCCAUUCUCGCUGAAAACGCCGCAAAUUGCAAGAUCACGUAUAUUCCUUUCGGUGUGUACAAAGUGUCAGACACAAUCUUCAUCCCCAUCGGAUCCCGAAUCGUGGGCGAAGCCUGGUCUGUCAUUUCUGGCUACGGUGAUGCUUUCAAGAACGCAUCCGAGCCUCGUGCGGUGAUCAAAGUCGGUCACCCAGGCGACGUCGGCGUGGUCGAGAUCCAAGACAUGCGAUUCUCCGCCGCCGAGAUUCUUCCAGGUGCGAAGAUAGUCGAGAUCAACGCGGCGGGCAGCCAGCCUGGUGAUGUAGGAAUGUGGAAUACCGUUAUCACUGUGGGAGGGACCGCCGAGACAUCCAUUUCCGAAGACUGCGUCUCCCAGGAGCCAAAGGACUGUAUGGCGGCAUUCAUGCUCAUGCAUCUGACCGAGUCGUCUUCCGCUUACAUCGAGAAUGUCUGGGGCUGGACUGCCGAUCAUAAUUUGGACAGUGAAUCGAUACUCACUAUCAUCUCAACAGGUCGUGGUCUUCUCGUUGAGUCAACCAAAGGAACAUGGCUCACCGGAACCGGGUUUGAGCACAACUGGCUCUACAACUAUAACUUUCAUGGCGCUAGCAACGUGUUCGCAGGUCUUUUGCAGAGCGAAUCACCGUAUAUGCAAGGCACGGGCGAAUAUGCUAGAGCACCCGCGCCAUGGACCCACGAGCCUAAACUGGGAGAUCCGGAUUUCACAUGGUGUGGAAAAACCGACGACAAGUGCCGCACGUCUCUAGCAACGAAUGUCGACGGCGGGGCCGAUAUCGCUUUGUAUAACUCUGCAGCGUGGGCUUUCUUCGAUGGGCCUUGGAAUGGAGAAUACAACGAGCCGUGCCAGGGCAAAUGCCAGACCAACAUGAUGAGAGUGGCGGGCACGCCGAAGAAUCUGGUCUGGUAUUCGAUCAGCACGCGGAUGACGGACGUUGUGAUCCUGGACGGGAACUCCAAUCCCAAGGAAGCUGAUCAUGCCGGUGGAUGGGAGAGUUUGAUUCAGGCUUACGGCCAAUUCUCGGGAUAG